AACGGAACUCUCUGUAAAAGCCGCGGAGCGAAAGAAGCGCCCGUCCCGCGAUCCUUGGUCGAGAGUUUGUUGGGUCGCGCGAGGGGUUUCCAGGGCUCUUCCUCCCUCGCUCGCUCCCCCACCCCGCUCCGAUUAGGGUUCGCCCCCGGCCCCCUCGCUGGGGCUUUCGAUCGAAUCUCUCUCGCGCGCGCCUGAUACGAACUGUCUCCCGUUUUACGGUCUUCGGCUUUGUUGUCGCUUCUGAGAGUUCGCAUUGGUGGUUCUUCGCCGAGACGAUGAGCCAGGUCCUGGCCGACGGGGCCGACGAGCAGCCGGAUCCGCCGGAUCCUGACGUUAUCGAUGUUGAUCCCACCCGGCGCUAUGCUUGUUUUAAGGAGAUAUUAGGAAAAGGCGCAUUCAAGACUGUCUACAAGGGAUUUGAUGAAGUCAAUGGAAUUGAGGUAGCUUGGAACCAGGUUAGGAUUGAUGACUUGCUGCACUCUCCGGAAAGCUUGGAGAGAUUGUACUCGGAAGUGCAUCUUUUGAAAUCUCUGAAACAUGAGAACAUUAUGAAAUUUUAUACUUCAUGGGUUGAUGAUAAAAUGAAGACUAUGAAUAUCAUCACGGAAUUGUUCAUGUCUGGCAGCUUGAGACAGUACCGUAAAAAACACAAGAAGGUGGACAUGAAAGCAGUGAAGGGAUGGGCGAGGCAGAUUCUGAUGGGAUUGAACUAUCUCCAUAGUCAGAACCCACCCAUCAUACAUAGGGAUUUGAAGUGUGAUAACAUUUUCAUUAAUGGAAACCAUGGAGAGGUGAAGAUUGGGGAUCUUGGGUUGGCGACUGUCAUGCAGCAAUCCAAUGCACAGAGUGUAAUUGGGACUCCUGAGUUUAUGGCACCAGAACUCUAUGAUGAGGAUUAUAACGAGUUGGUAGAUAUAUACUCCUUUGGGAUGUGCAUGCUGGAAAUGGUUACCCUUGAGUACCCAUACAGUGAAUGUUCUAAUUCUGCUCAAAUAUACAAAAAAGUUUCAUCUGGAAUAAAGCCUGGUGCUCUUUCGAAGGUACAAGAUCCAGAAGUCAAAGCUUUUAUAGAGAAGUGCCUUGUUCCAGCUUCUCAGCGAUUACCAGCAUGGGACCUUUUAAAGGACCCUUUUCUUCUCUUGGAUGGGUCAAAUGGAAAUCAAGGAAGCCAUUCUUUGCAUUUGCCAGAUAUUGUCAAAAUCAAAACCAGAUUAAGUGCCUCUGAAGACCAUUGUGUUCAUUCAAAAGAGCCAAAGAGUAGCAUACAACAAAUGCAGUUUCAUAUAGAUGGUGAUGACGACAACAAUGACAAUGAGCCUGCACUUGUCACUGUAAUUGAAAAUUCCGAUGGUAAAGGUUCGCACUUGUUAAUUUUGGAGGUCCGAAAGAAAAGAAAAGAUGGUGACUUUAGAUUGAAAGGGGAGAGGAAGGAGACAAAUUCUGUAUCAUUGAAUUUACGGAUUGCUAAUCGGGAAGGUAGUGCUAAGAAUGUUGAUUUCCUGUUUUACCUGGACAGUGAUACUUCUCUUUCAGUUGCUGGUGAAAUGGUUGAGCAACUUGAACUGACACAGAAGGAUGUAAAGGUCAUAGCAGGGUUAAUUGAUUCAUUAAUUAUCAACUUGAUACCUGUGUGGAAACCAUGCAUUGCCAUCAGUCAGCUGGUAACUCUAGAUGGAACCCGAACUUUUGUAUAUCAGCUCAAGGAUCUGCAGUUGGUUGAGUGUGGAAAAAGCUCUGAUGAAUCUUCUCAGAGUAUCUCUGAAGCAGCCAAUGUUUUCGUCUCCCCUUCAUUUGUUGAUUUCAGAUCCACAGAAGGCUCUGAUCAGCCAGUGCAUGGUGCUGUGGUCCAUCAGAGACUUGAUCAUGUUAGGGGGAAUGGUGAUUUUGGGGAUGUGGUGUUUGUGUCAGCUGAUCAGGAUUCUGAAGGAAAUGGUGAGAAGUCCUCAGGUUCCUGUAGGUCCUCUGCAUGGAGCCUUGUGGAUUAUAAUUGGUUAAAUAUGGAGGGAGAGGUUAAAGGGGCACUCUCAAGAGUUGAAAAUGGCACGAACGUUGAUCAGAAAGAUAUGGGUCUCAAUGAUGUUGUCACAUCAACCUUUUCUGGCUUUCCAAGAAAUGGUUCUUCAUUGGUUUUGGCUGAGCAACAUGAAAAUGAUGAGGAGCUGAGACUCCAGUUGGAACUUAUCGAAUUGCAGUAUCAGCAGGCAAUAAAGGACAUAUCUCAGAAAAGAGAACAAGCGAUUGCAGUGGCAAAGAAAAGAGCAUCUCAGAGGAAGCAAUUGUUGCUUCAUUGAUCUUUCCUCUGCUAUUUGUCUUCUUAAUCUUUUCAUGAGAGAAUGCUUUCCGAGCAGGACUCCUAGUAAAUUCCUCUGUCUAUCGUAUGAAGAUAAGAGUUUUAAGAGCAUAUAGCUGAAGUGUAUUUAUUAGUGCUGAUCUGUGUCUUUUUUCUUUUGAGCUACUGUGGUUGUUUGUUAAUUUGCUCGAUAUAUUCUUAGUCGAUUGUCAAUAUUAUAAGUUCUUGCUUCAGUUGCAGAAA